CCAGUUUCGCUCUGCUCGCAAACACGGAAGAAGUUUAACGAUGAGUCUCUUACCAAAAAUUAAAUAUUGCAUUUGUUGCAUCAGUUUGAAGUACGGAUCGAUUUUGAUUGGAAUUUUAGGCUUGAGUAGCUCUUUGUUGAUUUUGGUUGUGGAAAUAAUUCAGUACGAGAAAAAGUAUGAAGCUACGCCGGAAAUUAUAAUUUACAGCAGUGCAGCAAUAGUUGGCGUUGUGGCUUAUAUUCUUCUUUUGGUCGGAUUAAUGCGCAAAAAUACGGGACUUAUUUCGACUUAUUUGUUGGCGGAGAUUCUUCUCAUAACGUUCCGUUCAACGUGGUUAAUUUAUGAUUUUAUCACGAGACUCAUGGAGAAGUUGCAAAGUCCGAGCAGGCUUUUUAUGCCGGGAUUGAGCUAUACGUUGAUUAUUAUUUUUCAGAUGUACCUUUGGAUGACCGUUUAUUCGUAUCAGAAGAAUUUGAUAAGUCGACGAGUUUAGAAAAUUUCUGAAAAUAAAAAAAGAAAUUAAUAA